UGCCUCGCGCCUUCCCAAGCAAAGCUGGAGCCCAAGAGUGGGAGCCCAAGAGUGGGACUCUAGCUAGCGAGAGGGGACGGUGUCGGCCGUGCGGUGACUACAGCCACCUGCCAGAGCCCGGUGGUCCGCCCUCAGACCCGGCGAUGCGCCGCGGAGUCGCCUGGGCGCUGCUGCUGGCCGCGGCCCUGGAGCUCGGGGCACGCGGGGUGCGCGCUGCGGUGGCCCUCGCCGACUUCUACCCGUUCGGCACGAAGCGCGGCGACGCCGUCACCCCGAAGCAGGACGACGGCGGCUCAGGGCUGCAGCCCCUCUCGGUGCCCUUCCCGUUCUUCGGCGCCGAGCACUCCGGACUCUACGUGAACAAUAACGGGAUCAUCUCCUUCCUGAAGGAGGUUUCUCAGUUCACCCCCGUGGCCUUCCCCAUCGCCAAAGACCGUUGUGUGGUAGCAGCCUUCUGGGCAGAUGUGGACAACCGCCGUGCAGGUGAUGUCUACUACCGGGAGGCCACUGACCCAGCCAUGCUGCAUAGAGCCACAGAGGACAUCAGACGGUACUUUCCUGAGCUCCCGGACUUCUCUGCCACCUGGGUUUUUGUUGCCACCUGGUACCGUGUGACCUUCUUUGGAGGCAGCUCCUCAUCCCCUGUCAACACAUUCCAAACAGUGCUCAUCACCGACGGCCGGUUCUCCUUCACCAUCUUCAACUAUGAGUCCAUCUUGUGGACCACAGGCACACACGCCAGCAGCGGGGGUGAUGCCAACGGCUUGGGAGGCAUUGCAGCCCAGGCAGGUUUCAACGCAGGUGAUGGGCACCGAUACUUCAACAUCCCUGGGUCGCGCACAGCAGACAUGGCUGAGGUGGAGACCACCACCAACGUGGGCGUGCCCGGGCGCUGGGCGUUUAGAAUCGAUGAUGCCCAGGUGCGCGUGGGGGGCUGCGGCCAUACAACCUCUGUGUGCCUGGCCCUGCGCCCAUGCCUCAAUGGUGGCAAGUGCAUUGAUGACUGCGUCACGGGCAAUCCCUCCUACACCUGCUCCUGUCUCGCUGGCUUCACAGGGCGAAAAUGCCACCUGGAUGUGAACGAGUGCGCUUCCCACCCAUGUCAGAAUGGUGGGACCUGCACCCACGGCGUCAACAGCUUCAGCUGCCAGUGCCCAGCCGGCUUCAAGGGACUCACCUGUGAAUCAGCCCAGUCUCCAUGUGAGGACAACUUGUGUCAAAAUGGUGGCCAGUGCCAGGCAGUGAGCGGCUCUGCAGUAUGUGUGUGUCCGGCUGGAUACACUGGGGCCACCUGUGAGACAGAUGUGGACGAAUGCCGCUCUGACCCCUGCCUGAAUGGAGGCUCGUGCGUUGACCUGGUUGGAAACUACAGCUGUGUUUGUGUGGAGCCCUUUGAGGGACCUCAAUGUGAGACAGGAAGCUACCUGGUGCCUUCCCCCUGCCUCUCCAACCCCUGCCAGAAUGGGGGCACCUGUGUGGACGCUGAUCAGGGAUACGUGUGCGAGUGCCCUGAAGGCUUCAUGGGCUUGGACUGCACAGAGAGAAUCCCCAAUGACUGUGAAUGCCGGAAUGGAGGCAGGUGCCUGGGUGCCAACACCACUCUCUGCCACUGUCCUCCAGGCUUCUUUGGGCUCCUCUGUGAAUUUGAAGUCACAGCUACACCCUGCAACAUGAACACACAGUGUCCAGAUGGAGGCUACUGCAUGGAGUAUGGAGGGAGCUAUCUUUGCGUCUGCCACACAGACCACAACAUCAGCCACUCUCUGCCAUCUCCCUGCGACUCUGACCCUUGCUUUAAUGGAGGUUCCUGUGACGCCCAUGACGACUCCUACACGUGCGAGUGCCCACGAGGAUUCCAUGGCAGGCACUGCGAGAAAGCCCGGCCACACCUGUGCAGCUCAGGGCCCUGCCGGAAUGGGGGUACAUGCAAGGAGACAGGCAAUGAGUACCACUGCGCCUGCCCUUACCGGUUCACUGGGAGACACUGUGAGAUUGGAAAACCAGACUCCUGUGCCUCUGGCCCCUGUCACAAUGGUGGCACUUGCUUCCACUACAUUGGCAAAUAUAAAUGUGACUGCCCUCCUGGCUUCUCUGGACGGCACUGUGAGAUAGCCCCCUCACCCUGCUUCCGGAGCCCAUGUAUGAAUGGGGGUACCUGUGAGGAUCUAGGAACAGAUUUCUCCUGCCACUGCCAACCAGGGUAUACAGGAUACCGCUGUCAGGCAGAGGUGGACUGUGGUCGCCCUGAGGAGGUGAAGCACGCUACCGUGCACUUCAAUGGAACUCACGUGGGCUCAGUGGCCCUGUACACGUGUGACCCUGGCUUUGGCCUGAGUGGCCUCAGCCACAUGCGUGUCUGCCAGCCACAAGGUGUCUGGAGCCAGCCUCCCCAGUGCAUCGAAGUAGAUGAGUGCCGCUCUCAGCCAUGCCUGCAUGAAGGCUCCUGCCAGGACCUCACGGCUGGUUACCAGUGCCUCUGCAACCCGGGGUACGAAGGAGUCCACUGUGAGCUAGAGACAGACGAGUGUCAAGCACAGCCCUGCAGAAACGGAGGCUCCUGCAGGGAUCUGCCCAGGGCUUUCAUCUGCCAGUGCCUGGAAGGUUUCACUGGAGUCCACUGUGAAACAGAGGUGGAUGCCUGUGCCUCCAGCCCCUGCCAGCACGGAGGCCGAUGUGAGGACGGUGGUGGGGCCUACCUGUGCGUGUGUCCAGAGGGCUUCUUUGGCUACCACUGUGAGACAGUGAGUGACCCCUGCUUCUCUAGCCCCUGUGGGGGUCGAGGCUACUGCUUGGCCAGCAACGGGUCCCACAGCUGUACCUGCAAAGUGGGCUACACAGGCAAAGACUGCACCAAAGAGCUCCUCCCACCAACAGCUCUCAGGGUCGAGAGGGUGGAGGAGAGUGGGGUCUCCAUCUCCUGGAGCCCGCCUGAGGGCACCACAGCCAGACAGGUGCUAGAUGGCUAUGCAGUCACCUAUGCCUCCUCGGAUGGGUCAUCCCGGCGCACGGACUUUGUUGACCGUAGCCGCUCCUCUCACCAGCUGCGGGCCCUAGCAGCUGGCCAUGCCUACAACAUCUCAGUCUUCUCAGUCAAGAGAAACAUCAACAACAAAAAUGACAUCAGCAGGCCUGUAGCACUGCUCACCCGCACCCGACCCCGCCCUAUUGAAGACUUUGAGGUCACCAACAUUUCAGCCAAUGCCAUUUCAGUACAGUGGGCUCUUCACAGGAUUCAGCAUGCCACUGUCAGCAGGGUUCGAGUGUCCGUCCUCUACCCUGAGGCCUCUGCGGUUCAGUCCACUGAGGUGGACAGGAGUGUAGACCGGCUCACAUUUGGAGACCUGCUGCCAGGAAGAAGAUACACUGUGCAGCUGACCACCCUCAGUGGGCCUGGAGGAGCAGACUAUCCCACUGAGAGCCAGGCCUCAGCACCGCUGAACGUGUGGACCCGGCCUUUGCCUCCAGCAAACCUGACUGCCUCUCGAGUCACAGCCACCUCUGCCCAUGUGGUCUGGGACACCCCCACUCCAGGCGUCUCACUGGAAGCUUACGUCAUCAAUGUGACCACCAGCCAGAGCACCAAGAGCCGCUACAUCCCCAAUGGGAAGCUGGUGUCUUACACAGUGCGUGACCUGCUGCCAGGUCGGCGGUACCAGCUCUCAGUUACAGCUGUGCAGAGCACAGGGCAGGGCCAGCUACACAGUGAGCCUGCGCACCUCUACAUCAUCACCUCCCCCAGAGAUGGCACUGACAGACGCUGGUACCAGGGAGGACACCACCCACGGAUGCUCAGAAAUAGACCAGCCCCUGUGCGCCUGCCAGAGCUGCGCCUGCUCAAUGACCACAGUGCCCCUGCAACACCAACUCAGCCACCCAGGUUCUCAGAGCUAGUGGAUGGAAGAGGAAGAGUCAGUGCCAGGUUUGGUGGCUUGCCCAGCAAAUCAGUCACUGUGCGAUCACAACCCACCACUCUGGUGCCACUCAAGAACACAGAGGAGACCCCUGAGCUCAUCCACCUGGCCCUCCAGCUGCCCAAGAACAGCAGCAAGGACACAGACAGUGCCCCUGGCAGCUGUUCAGAAGGUGCCUGUCAGAAUGGAGGCACCUGUGUGCCAGGUGCCAAUGCUCACAGCUGUGACUGCAAGCCUGGAUUCAAAGGCAGACACUGUGAGCUUGCUUGUGAGAAAGUGCCCCGUCCCUGCACACGGCUGUUCUCUGAAACCAAGUCAUUUCCUGUCUGGGAAGGAGAUGUCUGCCACCACGUGUAUAAGAAGAUCUACAAAGUUCACCAGGACAUCUGCUUUAAAGAGCGCUGUGAGAGCACAAGCCUCAAGAAGCCCCAAACAGGAAACAAAGUAACAGCCAAACACUGAAGAAAUCUUAAGGUACACUUUUCUUUGUACCAAGAUCUGUUGAGAACCGUAGACACCAUCACUCCUUGCACCUUGAGCACCGAGGUCCUUUAUCAGACACUGAUGGUGCAAACCCAGCACUGUGCUAUUACAGAUCCAACCAGGAAGGUUCCAGAAUUCCCUGUCUGUAGCCUCCCAACAGACAUAACAUGGUCUGGCCUCACAUAUGAAUCUGCUUUCAGUUGGAAAUGAGGCUGUCUGGGGGAGGGGCAAACCACUCUCUCUCAAGGGAAAUGCAGAUCAGUUACAAUGAGGCACAAGAAACACCUGGUCCCUUCAGGGCAGUGGGCCUGGGAUCAAGGAUCAAGGAUGCCAAACAUUCCUGGAGGUGCUGGGAAGGACCUACGGAAGUACCCCACGCCCUACGAACAGCAUUCUACUGGUAGAAUAGGGUGGGAGCCCUGUCAUGUAACCUCCAGGUGAUCCUAAAUAUUGCCUCUCACUGGGAGAGUUAUAGUGAUCUUAGAAUUCCAAGCACUAAUAACUUUGAAAUGAAAGAAACUUUGCCUGUUUGAUCCAGCAUGCCCCAUCCACCUCCCCAUGCAUGAACUUGAGAUGUUAAAGGGCAUUGGAAUUUUUUUUCCACAACAGUCUGGAAAACACUGGGUCACACUGCAGAACCCCCUGUAUAGCCUGAACUCAGCCCCACAAUGACUUCUUAUUGAAGGGACAUCAUUUAAAAAUGACAGACUCGCUGGCUGGAGACAAUUUACUUCUCUCCCUUAGAGGAGCCAGAACAGGACACAUCUUUACAGUGGUGGAGAAGAGACAUAUCUGGAGACCUGCCACUUCAGGAGUGAAUCACCUCAUUCUUCUACACUAUGGGACAUGAAGGAGAAACGUCACCCAAAGACCUAAGAAUAACCAAAAGCACUGGAGGUCCGGGUGAAGCUUGUCCUCAGAAGAAAAUGCCCACAGCCACAGGCAGGGUGUUAGCACAGUCAGAGAACAGGGCAUCUGAGGAGUGGGCUCUAACAUGGGCCCAAGCAGCGGGGCCUGUGCAUCUUGACCAUUUCAGAUGUGAAAACUCUGCUGGAAGAGCUGUUGACAACACUCAGAUCCUGUCCGCUCCACAGUGUCGCCUUUUCACGUCAGCCUCCAACACUUGUGAGCAAUGUAAUUCUGGCAAAGGUCAAAGUCCACAAAUUAUUUGGUUAAAAAAAAUAUUUCUACAGCAAUGGGUCACUUGAAAUAUUAAUGCAUCUUUUAAGAACUCACCCAGAGGGCUGGAGAGAUGGCUCAGAGGUUAAGAACACUGGCUGUUCUUCCAAAGGUCCUGCGUUCAAUUCCCAGCACCCAUUGGGAACCAUCUAUAUAUAUAGCUCACAACCAUCUAUAGUGAGAUAUAGUGCCCUCUUCUGGUGUGCAAUCACAUAUGCAGGCAGAACACUGUAUAAAUAAAUAAAUUUAUAGAAAAAAGAACUCACCCAGAAAGUCCGUUUUUAUAAAAAUAAAGGAGAAUCCCCAGCUACUUAUCACAUACUGGCAUAUUAGAACAUCUAUUCUCAGAGCAGCAGGGAAAACAGACAGACAGGAAACUCAUGCACUUGAGUAAAAUGCCAAAACUCACCAUCCACAGCUGCUCUGGGAAAAGACUUCUUGCCCACCAAGAAGGCAGCCGAGGACCAGCAGCCUAUUGACUCAAAUUUAAAGUCACAGGCUGAGAGCAACUGUCCUCCUCACAGAGGGGCAACCCUCCUUUGUAUCACUGCCCUCCCCUCCCGGAAUAUAUAAGAAUGAAUCCAGGUCUCCUGGGAGACAGUGCCUACUGCCACCACAGAGACACUGGGCAGAAAGAGGGGUGUGCCUCAGUUCGCUGGUUCAGAAGAACCGGCACAUGCUGGUAACACUGCCCACCUCAAGAAUUUCCAAAACCCAGGAAACCAAGGCCCAAAACCUAAAAGACAAGUUCCUGGUUGUAAUUAGUCUCCCCUGAACGCUUCGUCCUCAGAUUUCUAGAGGAGAGAGAGCCAGACUUGUAUACCCGAGGACUCUUGUGAGGGAAACGUAGAGGCAGCUGUAAUCUUAACCUGAGCUGUUUUCUGCAGCUGUGGUCAGUUCCUCUGUGAGCAGUGAGUGUACGAGUGACCUGGGUCAGCAGGCUCUUGGACAAUGAUGCUUCUGUGUCCAGAAACCCACCCCUAGAUUCCAGAGCCAGAGAGGUGACCUCUUGAGCCCCCAAAACAUGGAGAAGGAAAGGACUCAACUUUCACAAGAGGUUCAAGAAAGGCUGUGUGGAAGCAGAUGAACUCUACCCUGCUCCUCUCCUCAUAUAUACUGACCUAAAGAAGAAAUGCUAAUUACUACUACGAUGGAAUUGAGACGCUUGGUCUACAACUCAGGGGGUGGCAGGACAGACAGAUAUUCAGGCAGUAUUUUGGGCUUUGAGGAUGGAAUGACCUCUCUGGCACCCACCCAACUUCGCUACUGUACGGCCAACAUGGUCACAGAUGUCGAUAGCAUGGUUGUAUUCCAAUAAAACUUCAUUUACAAAAACAGGCAGUAGGCCAUAGUUGGCAGGUGACCGGUUAUGAGAUGAUCUAGACUUCAGCCUUCUGUAGAGAAAAUCAUCUCCUGACUGACAAGUCGUCAUCAAGACAUGAAAGACCCCUAAACUUUCAUAGAAACAAAAAAAAGCAAUCAAGAUCCUUGCUCAGAAACCUAAAAGCACCAUAAAGCAGUAAAGGCUACUCUGUUCAACUCUGAAGGCAACAUAUGGCACGCAAGCUCUAGGAAACAAGUAUUCAAGGCUUCUUGUAAUCCCUGCCUCAAGAGAUGGCUGUGGGCCACCAAGACAUACUUCACACAAGCCUCCACUUUCCAUCUCACCUACAACAUGCUCUAAGCAGCUGUCUUCUCCCUGCAGUGAGAUCAGAAUCAGAAAAGCCAACCACACCUUGAUUCCUCAAGGGCAGAGCUGACUGGAGAUCCAGCACCAAGAAUUACAUCCCGACCAGAGGCCUCCUGCCCUCCAGAGUUCAUAAAAACACACUUUGAAGAAUAACAUUUUAGGUUUUAUUUUCACUAAAACUUUCUGAGCCUAUGUAUUAAAUAACUUUCCUUUUCAGGAAGGAGGCACAGUCAUGUCAAAAACUCACUACUGUACUUUAGAAACACACUACCUUAUCUCCAGAGACCAGGUCUACAAACAUGUGUCAACUUCCACUGCAGCACUGAGACCUGUCACCACUCCUCCUCAUAAGCUACAGCAUUAGCAGUGAAAGGCUAGAUGGAGUGGCACCACUGGGAAAGUGGAUGAGACCUAUACUAUACCAAUAACCUCAGAACCCUCACCCACCUGGCAGAUGCCACCUUCCCACUGCCAGCUGGAGCCUUGUUUUCAUACAAGAGCUAGCCUACUGAUUGCUCAGUGCAGAGCAAGCACUCCAACGUGGACUAGCGAAAAAAAUGUGCUGGUGCUGGGAAUUAGUGUGUAACACUCCAAACACGCUGCCUCUGCUUUCUCACACACCUUUCUUAAGCAGAUUAAUUAAAUCCUUCAAAGCAGGCACUGUCCACUUGGGAAAUGUCACAAUGCAGUCAGAAAAUUUGACAAGGUGUAAAAAUUUGUGUCAACGUGAAGAAGUGCUCCUGGGUGCUGGGCUCACCAUUUGCUAAUCAAAAUUUAGGAUGAGCGGGUACCUUAUUAGAAUUGCUCAGGUUUAGGGUUCUUGUCAGUUCUGAUGGAGCCAAAGGCCAAACACCCUACAUUCACUGGAGGUCACUUUGAUGCCACAAAGUGGAAGAGUAAGCAGCAAAGAAUGAGCAUCACUGUUCUCAGUUUUGUCCAUAGUCAAGAUCAGCUAGAAAGCAUUCCCCUUCUCCACUGCCUAUGGGAUGUCAGUGUAGACAGGAUGGCUUGCUGCGCCCUGCUUUGUGUGGGGAGUCCAACAGGCAAGGACAUGCCCUCGUCUUAGUCAGCCUCACAUACCAGCCAUGGUGGGGACUCCUGGGAUGACUGCUUUUCUUUAUGAACACCCUCCUCUUUGCAGUGGGGCUCCAGGUAAAACUAAGGCCUCCACACCUUGCUGCUGACUCCUCACAAAACACAUCUCAGAUCCAAAAGAUCUCCACGUUAGACAGAAGUAACUAUAAGUCCAUUUGUAAUCCCAAUUUGCUGUAGGCACACUCCUGGGCCAGGUCUCUGAGCAGCUUCCUCAGCUGUGCCACUGCUCUGUGGACCUGCUCACUCACAUGCAGUAAGAUGUAGGACAUUUUUUUCAGCUUCCCUGGCCUCUAGCCACACGUUCCCAAGGCCAUGACACAUAAAAAUAUCUCCAGAAAUUGUCAGAUGUCUUGAGGAUCAAGGUCAUUCCCAAGUAAGCAUUUUUUUUUUUCAGUCUAUACAGGAGAUGCAGGCCCACACAGGGGUUUCACCUGAAUGUUAAAUGUCACCAAUUGGGGGAAAAAUACUACCAAACAUACCUGAUUUUGGUUCUACCACCAAAAAGCUUUCUGUAUCACCAACCCUGAGCAUUUUCCUGAGGAAACUUUCUAGGCCUCAGCCCUCUGACCCUUCUGAACCUUAACUCCAUCAAACCAGACCUCUCCUCAGAUAUCACCUCAUCCUAGACAGAGUGCUUCACAUCGCUCCACACUCACCAUGCUCCCCAGAGUGACAUCUAUGCCAGGCUAUCUGAACGCUUCCUACAACAAACCAAAAUCAGCUCUGGGGCCUGUCCUCCUCUCCAUCAUACAGAAGGCAAAGAUGAUGCCCACCUGAGACUACUCCCCAGACCCUCCAGUGCUGGUCUCCGAGAAGUUCACUCUAACAACACAGGCUACAGAGCCAAAGAGGCCUUGAAGUGGCUACUAGCCAGGAACCAACAUGAAGGCCAACCUGCCCAAGCAGGAAGGGUCAGAAACUCACAGAGAAGUGUUUUGCUAGUCUGACGACUGCAAAACUGAAGAACACGUUACUAACCAACUGCCUUUCACUUUGCUAUACAUUGACCAAGUUAGAAGGCUGUGAAAUGUCAGACUAAAAACACGGCUAUUUUGUGGAAAACUUGCUACUUGUUUUAAUAAAAUAAAGUGCUAUGACAUAGUA